UAAGAGUCGUCUGUAGCUUUGUGGCUAAGACUGGUUGGUUGGCAGUAGGUUCAGGUUGUUUUCUUGGUAGCCGCCCGGGGUUCCCAGUCGUCGCUGCUGAACUCCGCCACUGCAAAAUCGGUCAUUACAGCGGCGCAAGAGACGGACUAGAAAUUACAGAUGGACCAGCAGGACCAGUCCUAUAUGUUUGCAAGUCUGACACGGCCUCAUUCAGAGCAACUGCUGCAAGGCCUUCAGCUCUUGCGGCAGGAUCACGAACUAUGUGACAUUGUCCUGCGUGUGGGUGAUGCCAAGAUCCAUGCCCACAAAGUAGUGCUGGCCAGCAUCAGUCCUUACUUCAAGGCCAUGUUUACGGGUAACCUUUCGGAGAAGGAGACAUCUGAGGUGGAAUUCCAGUGCAUCGAUGAGACAGCCUUGCAGGCCAUCGUUGAGUAUGCUUACACUGGGACAGUGUUUAUCUCCCAAGAAACAGUGGAAUCUCUGCUACCAGCUGCCAACUUACUCCAGGUUAAGCUAGUACUUAAGGAGUGCUGUUCCUUCUUAGAGAGCCAGCUGGAUGCCGGAAACUGUAUAGGCAUCUCCCGCUUUGCAGAGACAUAUGGCUGUCAUGACCUGUGCCUGGCUGCAACUAAGUUCAUCUGUGAGAACUUUGAGGAAGUCUGUCAGACAGAGGAGUUUUUUGAACUGACAAGGGCGGAGUUGGAUGAAAUUGUGUCCAAUGACUGCCUUAAGGUGGUCACAGAGGAGACUGUAUUUUACGCCCUGGAGUCAUGGAUCAAAUACGAUGUAACUGAGAGACAGCAGCAUCUGGCUCAGCUGCUGCACUGUGUUCGCCUUCCACUCCUCAGCGUCAAAUUCCUCACUCGCCUAUAUGAAGCCAACCACCUUAUACGAGAUGACCAUGCAUGCAAGCACCUGCUCAAUGAGGCUCUCAAAUAUCAUUUUAUGCCUGAACACCGGCUGUCCUAUCAGACUGUGUUGUCAGCACGGCCCAGGUGUGCCCCCAAAGUGCUGCUUGCAGUAGGAGGCAAGGCUGGACUGUUUGCUACACUGGAAAGUAUGGAAAUGUAUUUCCCUCAGACAGAUUCGUGGAUAGGACUUGCCCCUCUCAGUGUACCCAGAUAUGAGUUUGGAGUGGCGGUGCUGGACCAUAAAGUAUACGUGGUGGGAGGCAUUGCCACACACAUGAGACAGGGCAUUAGCUAUCGGAGGCACGAGAGCACGGUAGAGAGUUGGGACCCUGAAAGCAACACAUGGUCUUCAGUGGAGCGUAUGGCUGAGUGUCGCAGCACACUCGGGGUGGUGGUCCUGGCUGGAGAGCUGUACGCACUGGGAGGCUACGACGGCCAGUAUUACCUCCAGUCAGUGGAGAAAUACGUCCCUAAGUUGAAGGAGUGGCAACCUGUGGCACCCAUGACAAAGUCUCGCAGCUGCUUUGCCACUGCUGUGCUGGAUGGCAUGGUGUACGCUAUUGGAGGCUAUGGCCCAGCACAUAUGAACAGCGUGGAGCGGUACGACCCCAGCAAGGAUGCCUGGGAAAUGGUAGCCCCCAUGGCAGAUAAGAGGAUCAACUUCGGGGUUGGCGUCAUGCUCGGUUUCAUAUUUGUGGUGGGUGGACACAACGGAGUGUCCCACCUGUCCAGCAUUGAGAGGUAUGAUCCCCAUCAGAACCAGUGGACAGCUUGCCGGCCAAUGAACGAGCCCCGCACUGGUGUGGGCUCUGCCAUUGUGGACAACUACCUCUACGUGGUAGGAGGUCACUCCGGGUCGUCCUACCUGAACACUGUCCAACGCUAUGACCCCAUCUCAGACAGCUGGUUGGACUCGAGCGGCAUGAUGUAUUGCCGGUGUAACUUUGGUCUGACUGCCCUUUGACCCAUGGCCCACCCAGCUUGGACCCAGUAAAAAGAACUUUAGACACAAAGACUUUUCUUUUUUGUUGUCUUCUCCUCCUUCCCCACAUUCAUCCUCCAAGUGCAGAUGAGCAUAGCUGCACACCUGCGUGGACAUCAGAGAGCUUGCUGGAUGGAUGGAUGGAUGGAUGGAUGGAUGGAUGGAUGGAUGGAUGGAUGGAUGGAUGGAUGGAUGGAUGGGCCGGGCUAGCCAGCUGGCUAGAGGGAGACCACCGUCAUGGCUUCAGAGAUGAGGAAGAGCUGGAAGGUUCUGUGGACAAGAGUGGAAGACGUUUGGAAAGCUGUUGUUUGGGCACAGAAAUUACCGCUCUACUGCUGCUGGACCACAAUGAGGACUUUGAGCCAUGUCCCAGAGGAUUGUGGGAAAAAUCUGGUCAUUCGUGUUUCAAAAUUCUCUGUCAUGUUUGCAGACAUUGUUUUUUUUGUUCUCCUUCAUGUCAUUAAUUAUGUUAAAAACUGAAAUCCUUUUUGUUUUUUUUUAGUUUCCCUGCUGCAACCAGAACUAUGUGUUCAAAUUUUGUAGAACACUGCAGUUUGCUUGUGUAUUUGUAUGAAUAUGUGGUUGUUAGCCAUGUAGCGUGUAUGUUUGUGUGUAUGCUCAAGGGGUACGUGCAUGUCAGAUAGGACUGUUUGUUUUGUUAUGUGUCUGCGUGCAGAAUCGAUGCUCGGGCUCAACGACGCAAGAGUUCUGCAUCCAAAUCAGUGCUUCUGAAAAAAGAGAAAAGUUGGAAUCUUUAUAUUUUCUCAAAAAGGGCUGCCUUUCUCUCUCUCUCUCAUGUAAAUAGUUUAAAUGAAAUAUAUAGAUAUGAAUAUAUCCUCUAGUGCAUUGCCUGUAAAUGUUUUUCUGCACUGGGUCACUAGUGUUUGUGUGAAUGCGUGUAUAGUUUGAUUCCCAUGGUCACUGCAGAGGUGAAUGACGAAUUCUCCUGAGAGUAUUUGCUACUAGUCUCUGCUUCAUCCUCAGAGCCAUUUUAAAAAAAAAUCACCAUGUUCUAGCUUCUGUUACAUCGUUCUAAGGUCAGGUCCUGCACUUGCUACUCUUCACAAUAGUUGAAAUCGACCUUGGCCCUCUUUUCACCUCUUGGUCUCUACACAAUACUAACUGGUGCUAUAUUUAGGAUUCAGGAUUCAGCUGUUUGUCUGUGUUGCCUCACACAGUUAGUUCAACCUCUGUUUGGCCUCUGCUACAUUGUUGCAUUAAAUGUUAGUUAUUUACUUUAUGUGCAUUUAAAUGCAUAAAAUCUGAAUGGCCCCUAACCAUGCAAUAAAAUAAAGUUCUACUGAAAGGGAAGCCUGUGGUUGGACAACCACAAACUCCUAUCCUCCUGUUUCCUAAAAGCCUGAAGUUUAGCACUGUUUCCUUUUGAUUUUUCUUUUCUGUUAUUUAAACUGUACUGUAGUUAAUGGUUCCCUUCCGUCAUAUUAGCCCUGUUGCAGGAUAUGAGCAUGCAUUGUCAGUGUCUGUUUCCAGUAUACUGUCACUCCCUUGGCUACGAACGAGACUUUUUCUGCCCAUGAUUGGCUCUGACACGUGCUCUUUGUGCUUGCUAAACUGCCACCAAAUGUGAUCCUCAUGUGGCCAGGUCUUGCUUGCAAGCUCAGGUUUUAAGUACUCUGUUCACAGCUUCAUGUGAAGUGCCAAAACUUUUUUUUCCCACCCUUAACACUGAGCACUAGAAAUAACUUUCCUUGUGUGCCACAGUUGAAAUAUUUUCUCCUCAUCCUUAUCACUAAUAGCGAUAAGGAUGCCAGCAUUACAUUCUUCCAUGUGGUUGUAUGGAGAUGGAUGAUAAAGCACCAAGGGCUGUGCUAGCCAACUCAGGCCAAGUUGCCACUGUCACCAGUCCUAUGUACAGGGAGAGGAAUCAGAAUCGGCGUCACUCUGCAGCCGCGGGCUCAGUUGACACUUCAAGCAAUGCACAAUAGAGGGGGCACUUGACUAGGAGAUGGCUUGGUUGUGUCACUGUUCACGUUCUAGUCAAGUUUGAGUUGCUUUGUGCACUGAUGUUUGCACGUAAGUGGAAACUUUAACCCAGCUCUGCAUUGCACUUACCAAACUAUUUGAUACAUAUUGUAAUAUGUACAUAUGUUUUUGAUUUAAUGGCAUUUAGAAAAUGCAAUAAGACUUCUGUUUCCUCUGUGGAUGAAUAUGUUUUGUGUUUGUCUCUUUGAAAAGCCAAGGCAUCUCAUAUUGCUGUAACAGAACUCCACGUGGCAUGUCUGUCGAUUCACACUGUUGGCUGGUAAUGUGGACAUCUAAUCAAACAUCACAUGGUACCAUUGACUUUUCCUCAACCUACCAGGCAUUCUGUGUUGCAAUUUUGUUGUGCAUGCUGGUUCAUUUGUACAAGGCAUAUGUUUAAUUAGGCCAAAUCAAAUGGAUUUCUCACAUUAGAAAUAUACACCUUAAAAUAAUUUCGCUGUUCUUCACAAGUCUGGUAAACACUAUACAGAUGUGCUCUUUCACUUUGCCCUUGCCGACACUAAACUUCAGAUGAGAACUUAAAUGACAUUUGCCUCUCAAAUUAGUCGGAUUGUCAGAAACUUUGUCUGUUGUGGAUUGCAUCACAAUGAGUACUUUUCCUUUGAAUCUGUUUUAUUUUAAAAGUUACACACACCCAAUUUGUAUUUCUGCAAAAUGUCAUUUUAUUUUAAAAUGACAUGAAGGACUAUUUUUGUAUUUAUAAUUUGUGUCGUCUGUUUAUGUUCUGUAACCUACUUUCUGUCAAUUGUAAUAGAUUUUUUUUAAUCACUUUACCACAGCCACAGCACAAAUCACGCAGGCGUAAUUAUGUGCUGCCGCCAUGAUUCAUCUAGCAUCGAUGUUAUGUACAAUGUUGUGAUUUCUGCAGUGUAUACUAACUACUACUUUAAUGAGUUUUGGAGAGAGGCUGAUGAAAAUCUGCAAACGUGAAUCUGCAAAAAGAAGGGAUGUUAAAAAUUGAGUUUGUACGCAUUUUUAUUACGGCCUAACCAAUGUCAUGUUUUGCCACCACUCUCACCAAAGUGCUUGUACAAAGAAAGCAGAUGGAUGACUAACACCUGGUCUGCAAUGGGCUGCCGCUUUGUUCGUGUCUGAGAGAAAAAAAUCCUUUGAAACUGAUGUCAAUGUUAGCCAAAAUGACCACUCUGCUUCUUUUACAUUUCCCAUUGUGUGUCUGGAGUAAGGUGACGAUCUUGAAUUUUAUAUCCUGUGGAUUAAUACUGGAAGUACAAGAUAACAUUAGAUGUAAAAACAGUAGCUUUUCACAUUUUAUCAUGUUUGAUUGAAAACAUUUUACAUACAUUUUAGUCUGUUUGUGUGGUGCAGUUGUACCCAGUUUAAAAUAAAUGCCUGCCUUAAAAGGUA